GCACGUAAGCACACCUUAUCCCCCAAGAACAGCUAAAAUAGAAACAGUUUUCAGUUUUAACUUUACAGGAAGCUUGUAAUAACAUGGUGGUGAUGGCUUCUCUGCACACGCUCCCAUCUCCAUUGCCAACUACAACUACUUCUUCUUCAUCAGAAUCUUCAGAUAAUAAGAGUCUAGUUAUUACAAGAAGAAGAGCCAUUGUCUCUGGUUCAACUGUUGCAGUGGCUUCUUUACUUCAGUUGUCUAAUCCCAUUUCUUCUUUAUAUUCUGCUAUUGCCCUCCAACAACAAGAUGAGGAACUUGAUGAAGAAGAAGAUAGAAUUGUUCGUCUCUUUCAGGAAACUUCACCCUCGGUUGUUUUUAUAAAAGACCUUGAGUUAGCAAAAAUCCCAAAGAGCUCUUCCCAGGAAGUCACACUUGCUGAGGAUGAAGAUGCAAAAGUUGAAGGGACAGGUUCGGGCUUUAUCUGGGAUAAGUUUGGCCACAUUGUUACUAAUUACCAUGUUGUAGAUAAAUUGGCUACAGACCAAAGUGGGUUACAACGUUGUAAGGUGUUUCUAGUUGACGCUAGAGGCACUAGCUUUUACAAAGAAGGGAAAAUUGUUGGUAUUGAUCCAGCCUAUGAUAUAGCUGUUUUAAAGGUUGAUGUUGAGGGCUAUGAAUUAAAGCCUGUUGUUCUCGGUACUUCUCGUGAUUUACGUGUGGGGCAGAGCUGCUUCGCCAUUGGAAAUCCCUUUGGAUAUGAGAACACUCUAACAACUGGGGUGGUUAGUGGAUUAGGCAGAGAGAUACCUUCCCCAAAUGGAAGGGCUAUUCGAGGAGCAAUUCAAACAGAUGCUGCUAUUAAUGCAGGCAAUUCAGGUGGACCGUUGAUUGAUUCCUAUGGCCAUGUCAUCGGAGUUAACACAGCAACUUUCACUCGGAAAGGGACAGGAGUUUCCUCUGGUGUGAACUUUGCAAUACCAAUCGACACUGUCGUGCGAACUGUACCUUAUCUUAUUGUAUAUGGAACACCGUACAGUGACAGGUUUUGAUCAAAAUUUUUCUUCUGUAAUCAAACAAACACUUCAAGCAGCACAAGUUUGAUAGCAAUAUUUUGGCUUGAAAAAGGUGAUAGUAAAUUGAUUAAUCUCUUAUGCUGUAAAUAGCUCUGGGUAUUAUCUGGAGCAUUAUCAGGGAUAAUUAAGCAAUGCAGGAAAAAUAUCCCAAUUGGUCUUAAAAUUUGA